CCCUCCCAGGUCAAGUGGGUUUUGUUGGUGACUCUCCCUCCCUCCUCUGCAUUCUCCCUGUAGCCCCUUCUCCCCCUGCUUCCUGGUCCAGCUGAAUGCAUUUCCCCAUCCAAACCCUGUGUGCCCUGUGUGUCCCUGGGUCUGGCCUGGCCUUCUUCCUUCUUCUUGUACCUGAUUCUUAGCCCCCACGCCCACAAAACCCCAUCUGCCUUGAACCGGAGACCACAAGGGAAGGAGAAGCUGCUUGUUCCCUUUAGGGGAUUGGGAGUCAUUACUGGGCUGGUGCCUCCCUGCCUGAGUGUCUGUCCAGAUACCAGGGGUGCCAUGGCCCCCACAGUCACUGCCCUGCUGUGCUUUGGACUGUGCUUGGGCCAAGGGAUCAGGGCUCUGGCAGAGCCACUCCCGAGACCCACCCUCCAUGCUGACCCAGGCCCUCUGGUCCCCUGGGAGACACCUGUCACCCUGAGGUGCCGGGGACAUCCCGAGGCUACUUGGUACAGACUGAUGAAAGGAAAAACUACGAUUGAGGAUUAUCAUAGAGCUGGGGCAGAGGCGCAGUUCAUCAUCUCCUCCAUGAGCAAAGACACUGCAGGGCAUCUCCACUGCCUCUACUGGAUCGGGUCUGCCUUGUCAGAGCCCAGUGAGCCCCUGGAUCUGGUGGUGACAGGCUACUACAGUCCGCCCCAGCUGUCAGCAGAGCCAAGCCAACACGUGGCCUGGGGACACAAUGUGACCCUCCGGUGUCGCUCUCCCUGGGCAUAUAACCGCUUCGUGCUCUACAGAGAGGGAGGGGCCAACAGCUCUCAGUGGGGUGUCCGGCAGUCUCAGUCUGACUUCCUCAUCCCAGCUGUGGCUGCCCAUCAUGAGGGGAAUUACAGCUGCUUCGUGUUUCACAGUCAACAUCCACACACCUGGUCGCUCCCCAGCGCCCCCCUGGAGCUCAGGGUCACAGUGCCAGUGACUUCUGGUCCAAGACUGGAGCUUCCAGAUGUACUUUUUGGUCUUCCCAGACUCCAAACAGGCAUUUGGUUAGGCAUCUCAGCACUCCUCAUCCUGUUCUUCCUGUUAUUCCUCCUCUUCCUCCUCCUUCGAUACCACCGAAAGCACCAGGCCAGACAAUGGACUGGAGGCAAAGAGGCAGGAGUUGAAGAGAGCCUCAGGAGGUACAGCCAAGAUGAGGAUGUUCCCCCAGAGUCCCCAUAUGCUACUAUGGAAAAUAUACAGAUUGAAGAACAUGGGCAGGUCAACACUCAGGUUGAAGACCCUCAAGAAGUGACCUAUGCUCACCUGAUCCAUCACACCCCCAACCAGGACUUGGAGUACAUUUCUCCAUUCCCAUCAGAAGAGUCCACACUCUAUGCCCCACUGGCCAUCCAGGAAGUGUCCUAGUGGGGCUUAGGAGAUACUCAAAUCAUCUGCCCCCAGCUAUGCCUCUGCUCUCCUUGUGUAGAUCAUAAACUCAACUACAAGGCAAAUUAAAGUCUCAUAGACAUUGAGCAUCUGGUACCCAGGUAUUUGGACAUUGGAGUAGUUUCAACCCUGACCCAGAGACUCUGCAAGAACCCCUGAAUACAUUUCCAGUUCUGUGGUCAAUAGAUCAACUAAUAAACACAUAUUAAGCACUUAUUUUGUGCCAAACGCUGUGCCCAGUGCUGGGUAAGUAUCACUUCCACCUUCACUCCUAGCAGUUUUGAAGGGUGUGUGGACUAAAGUCUUCUCCUCCAUCAAUAAACAUUUCCUGCCCUUGUUCUGCUAAAACAAGGAAACCAAUACACAGUAUUGGGUUCUUGGUGUCCUACAUCAUAGAGACAGCAGAAUUUGCUUCAUCUCUGGUAUGUAAUUCCUAUUUUGGAGAGUUCUGAGAGGUCAUGAUGAUCAAAGAAAAUGUCUAGUCUAAAAAAAAGUAAAUGAACAAAGAAGUGAAGAAAAGAGGAAUGGGGUUGAAUUAUUUGGGUCAUUUCCAUUAUUUUUCUCUGAAAUUCCCUCUUUACUGUCAAGGGCACUACCACCUUCUCAGUCACUCGGGUUUCCUUUUCAGAAAUUUGUGGUAAUUUCCCCAGUCCAAAGUCUUCUUCCUUCCCCUUUUAUCCGGGGUAACAUCAUGUUCUCUAGCUGCCAGGGGAAAAUUGAAUCCUCUGUUUUCAGGGAAGGGUGGGGCUGGAGACCUUACAGUUACAGAUAAAGAAAGUGUAGCUUGUUGAUCACUUCUAUGAUCCUGACCUGGCCUGAGAGCUUCUUCCACACACCCCCACUCCCCUCUUUUGUGGGAGGCUAGAGAAAAGAUGCCCUGCCAACCUGGUUUGUUCCUAGGACUUCUGGGGAGACAGAAAGGAAUUUGGUGUAAUAAGGGGGCUUGUGAGAGGGGAUUUUAAUACUAACUCCUUCAAAGUUCUGAGCCAGUGCCACCUCAAACAGGAAGACAGAACGUCUCAGAGAUUGCCAGGAAAGAAGAACUCCAGUAACAUUGCCCUAUCCAUGUACCUUUAUCUGUCCACUGGCCCUGUAACUGCCUCUUCUGCUAAUUGUGAGGUCUUGGAUCUCAUUGCCAACAAAUAUGUCAACCCAAUAAGUAUUAUUAAACUUAGUAUGUGUCCGGAACUGUGUUAAAUACUGUUGUUCAGAACUAUAUUAAAUACCAUUGUUCAGUUA